UGAGGGGCAGCAGGGAGCAGAGGGGAACGGGGCCGACGGCUCACGGGGAGCUGUCGGGGAGCGGCUGUGGCAGCCCCGCCGCCGGCUCGCUCCGGUCCCAGCCGCGCCCGCCUAGCGAGAGGCCGGGGCUCGGGGACCGUCCCCGCCUCCCGGCCCUUCCCGGCUGUGUCGAGGCAGCGGUGCCCUGGGUGGGCUCGUGUCAGCCCGCGCUGCGCUGCGGCCGGAGGGGUGAGUCCGGCCGAGCCGUGCGGGAGGCCUCGGUGGAACGGGGCAUCAGGCGGGGCAACGGGUAGAAGUUGCUCCUGAGGAGACUCCGAUCCGGAUUCUAGAAGACGAUUUUUUGCCAUGAGAACAGUUAAACAUUGGGAUGAUCUCUCCAGUGGUGGAUUCGUCUACGCUGGACACUUUUAAGGCUCAGCCUGGCACGGUGCUGGGCCAUCCCAUUUAAACCGUAUCUCACCUAAAAAGGCUGGACUAGGUGAUCCCUGAGGUCAACCUCCAGGUUGGUUCCCUUCCAAUCUAGCAUUCUAUGAUUCUGUGUAACGUGCCAUAAAGAAACCACUGCUGGGGACAAACCUCAGGAGGUGUUGGGAGAGCAUCACCUGUAAGGGACAGUCAGAGGGACUUGGAUCCUUUUAGAGGAGAGAAGGGAUAGCUUUCGCAUCUGUCAACAUCUGCACGUAUCUCUCAGGUCUGUCUUGGCCCUUCUUACCUUCUCCCUGUGAGUGAGAAGUAAGGGAGCCUUAGUGGAAAUCCUAGGGUAGAAGCUCCUCAGCAUCUGGUGGCACAGAGGCGGGUUUUGUGAGGUACCAGCUGAGCCCCCUCCAGGGUAGAGGGAGAAGAUGUCAGAGCAAGCGGUGCAGCUCAUCUGACCUGGAUCUUCAGGUUCACUCACUGGGCCAUACGCACUGGCUGGACUCUCGACCUGCCUCUUAGCCUUCAGGAUUUAAGAAAUAUUGUAGUAAUUGCUCUGUAAUGUUCUAAGGCCUGGCUUUGGCUGGCAGCCUGGCUUGGCACCCUUUGUAUAACUUGAUCUUCCAAACAAAUCCCCAAAUGUCACAACUAAGUUUGUGAAGCAAGGUUGGCUGUCCUCUUGCCUUGCCCUGUGGAGCCCUUGAUCAGCACAGUAAGCUGAAAGCUGCAAAAUAAGCCUGGGAAGUGGGCAAAAAACCCUGAUCAGUCUCUGCUGCUGGAAGCUGGGUAAGGCCUGACAAGCCCUAAGUAGCUUGCAGUGGCUUUGUUGUUUGUCCCAAAGGGUGUGUAGUUGUUCAUAGCUUGGCACUUGGUGGCCAGUUCUUCCACUUUGCCUUCUUUGAGCUGUGUGAGAUUGGGGUUGACAGCCCAUCUCCAGAUGCAGAGUGGCACUGAUGUGGCUGGGAUUGUUCUUCCCUUGUCAUGUGCCUCUGGCUGGCCAGGCAAACACCAGAGCACUUAGGGUGCUGCCGCUGGGUAGGGUCACAACAAGCAGACCUCCUUGCUGGGCUGUGCCACAGCUGAUGUGGUAGCUUGCCUGGUGAAUCGUAAGAGAAUGCUGUGGAGAGAUGAGCUUUUUGCAAACGGCACUACAUUAGCCCCACGCCUUGGCCAAGCUCCAGGUUGGGCGAUUCCACUCAGACACUUUAAAUGAUCCGUGUCACCUUUGUCAGGCACAAGUCUCUGCUCUUCUGCCUGCAAGCUCUUGGAGACUUGUUGGGAGCUGCAGAACAGCUGCUACUUUCACUCUCCGGCUGUUUUCUUGCUGGGUGUAGGAGAUCUGACUGUAAAGCCUGACUGUGGGACUGUGAAAGAGCCUCUGUUAAUGCCAAGCAAUUGAUUUGCCAAUAAAGGCUUUAUUUUUGCAAUUGCUUUAUUUUUCCUAUCAGCCCCUCUUCUAUGCCAGCUGCUGAGGGCUUGUGUGGGACACAGCGUAACUAGUGCUGGUUUGGAGUAUAACAAUUUCUAGCUUAACUAGGCUGAUGGUUUGUAAGGGUGCAGCUAUAAUUAGGUCAAGCUGUCUUGUUAUUUGAAUCCCCUUCAGCUCCAAAACUUGGCAAUGGGAAUGAACUUUGGGCCUUUUUAAGGAGUGCUGUCAGUCUGCCCUGGCAAAGGGCAUUGGGAAAUGGCGCCUUUGCUCCUCUCCUUUCUGCCAGAGGCGGUGGGCACAGGCACAGGCACACUGCGUCCUCUCUCCCUCGCAGGGGCUGCUGAGCUGUCAUGGGCAACACCACCAGCGAGCGAGUGUCUGGGGAGCGCCAUGGCUCCAAGUCCCACCGCUCGGACGGCUCUGGUGCCCCCCACCCCACCAAGGAGCACCCCCACAAGAUCAUGGUGGGCAGCACCGACGACCCCAGUGUUUUCAGCUCCCAUGACUCCAAGAUUGCUGGGGACAAGGAGUUUGUGUCAUGGCAGCCAGAUCUGGAGGAGUCAGUGAAACCAUCCCAACAGGCUCGUCCCACCGUCAUCCGCUGGGCAGAUGGAGGCAAAGAGGUCUUCAUCUCAGGAUCUUUCAACAACUGGAGCACCAAGAUCCCACUCAUCAAGAGCCAUAAUGACUUUGUUGCUAUCCUGGACCUCCCGGAAGGAGAGCACCAGUACAAAUUUUUUGUGGAUGGCCAGUGGGUCCAUGAUCCAUCUGAGCCUGUGGUCACCAGCCAGAUGGGGACGAUUAACAACCUGAUUCACGUCAAGAAGUCUGACUUUGAGGUGUUUGAUGCUUUGAAGGUGGAUUCCCUGGAGAGCUCAGAAACCUCAGGUCGGGACUUAUCAAGCUCACCACCUGGUCCUUACGGCCAAGAGAUGUAUGUCUACCGACCUGAGGAGCGAUUCAAAUCUCCACCCAUCCUCCCGCCUCACCUCCUCCAAGUCAUCCUGAACAAGGACACCAAUAUCUCGUGCGACCCAGCGCUGCUGCCUGAACCCAACCACGUCAUGCUCAACCACCUCUACGCGCUUUCCAUCAAGGAUGGCGUGAUGGUGCUCAGUGCCACACACCGCUACAAGAAGAAGUACGUCACCACGCUGCUAUACAAGCCCAUCUGAGCCAGCUGAGGCCUUGCCAGCCCUCCCACAGGACACAAAAUGCUGCUUUGCCUGCACAUGCUGGGCCACAGAACUGUGUGCGAACUGGCCGCUAGCUCCAACCUCAUACCUGGCAGGGACACAGGCCCCAGCGAUGAGCCCAGGGCCGCUGGGGCCUGUGGCACCGUCCCAUCCUGCUGGUGUGGUUUGAUUUAAGCCUUCGUUCCGCCCACCUACAGCUCCCCUUGGCUUCUCCGAGCCCACAGGGCCACGUUGUUUGCUGCUCACCGGAAUAGCUUUCCUUGUGCCUGACAAGGGAAGGGCUGCACACGACCCGUCAUCUCCAGCCCGCAUGGGCCCCCAGGUGGCCCUGGUCCUGCCCCCAGGUACCUGCUGAAGGUUGCUGUGCUGUCCCGGUGAUGAGCCUCCAAGGCUACCUUGAUUGCGAGGAGCGCUGGGACACCCCAUGCUGCCCCCUCCCCCACAGCCCUGAGUAUAGGCUUGCCCCCCAGCUUGUGCUCCCCAGCUUCAAGGAGGGCUCUCGGCUCUGGCCACAGCCCCAGCCCUCUGACGGGUUCAGCAUCGAGCCAGCGAGAGGACGGCACGGUUGGACGCUGCCACGCUUACCUGCUGCCAGGACAGCACUGACAAGGACUGAAUGCCUGCCUCAUCCCCACACGGACUUGCUUCUGUGGGGCAGGGCUGACUGCCACGGCCCAAGGGGCACCUGCACACACCCACACUGGAGGGGCCUGGGGGGAGUGGAGCAGGGCAGGCCCCCCCAGGACCCUGGCUGCACUGCCUGCUGCCGGAGCAGUGCCCUGUGACAGCGUUUUCUCUAUUUAUUACAGUAUUUAUUGUUCUCAGUG